UUUACGGAUACAAGUAUAUUGAAAGUUUUACUCAUGUGUGAAUCAGACCGGACUGUUGGGGCUGUCUGUGGUCGAACAUAUCCUACAGGAAUUCAGUAUCCUCCAAUUGUCUGGCUGCAGAUGUUCGAAUAUGCUAAAGAUUUAUGGAUGAAUAAGAGUGCACAGAAUAUUAUUGGUUCAGUUAUGUGUUGCCCCGGCUGUUUUAGUAUGUUCAAAUUGGAAGCUAUUAGGGACGUUGUUGCAGAAUAUUCGGUACCAGUAGGAAACAUGGAAGAUGUCUUUACAAAAGACAACGGGGAAGACAGAUGGAUGUGUACAUUGAUGAUGUUGAAGGGAUGGAAAUUAAGAUAUUGUAGUACGGCUACAAAUACUACGUUUUGUCCGGAAGAUAUGACUGAGUUUAUGAAACAACGCCGUAGAUGGAUACUAUCAGAUUAUGCAAAUGCUGUAUUGGUUAUUCGACAGCUAAGAACCUUGGUUUCCACAAACGAUGCUUUUUCCGUUUUGUUCGUCCUCUACUUAUUGCAACUAUUUCUUACAAAGCUUUUAUAUCCGGGAAUUACAAUUGUAACACUGUGCUAUGGUUUAGAGUUGGCAACUGGUGCCCCUCUUAUCAUUGUAGCUCCUGUGAUCGUUGCAAUAGUGCUUGUCUACUGCUUGAUGCUACUCAGCCGAGUUCCUUCAACAAUACAGUUAGUUAUCACAAAAAUGUUAAUAAUUAUCUUCGGAGCAGGAACAGUCUACAUAUCUGUUAUUGUCUUUAAAGACUUGGCAUAUGGUUAUUACAAUGGACAUUUUGAACAUGCAGAAGGCUUGUCAGUUGCAAUUGUAUUUGGAAGUUACAUAUAUGGAGCUGUUUUAUACCCAUGGGAUGCAUGGAUAUUGCUUACUGGUCCUGUAUACUUGUUUUUUAUUCCAUUUAUGUAUAUUUUAUUACCCCUCUACGCAAUCUGUAACAUUGUGGAUCAAUCAUGGGGUACACGUGAUAAGCUUCCAAACAUUAAACAGAACACGCAGAAAGAACCAGAAUCGCAACAAGUUGAAACAACGUGUCUGACUAGUUUGAGAGCAUCAUCGCUCAAUUUGAGUGACUUCAACCUAGAUGAAUUUAAAUUCUGGGAAGGGCUUGUGUUCAACGUUGUAGGAUCGUCGGUAACAAAUGGAUUAUCAAACGAAGACAGACAAAGAGGAUUGAAAUUAUUUAGACAAAAAGCGCUAAUGUACUUUCUUAGUGCUAAUCUAAUGUGCAUGGUUGCACUAUUAGGAUUUUAUGCCUUUCCAAUACACACUUUUAAUAGUACAUCCAUAUUUAGCAUUGCAAUGGGAGUUAUGCUAGGGUUACCACCCCUUAUUCAAAUAUCAGGUAGUACCGUGUACAGAAUUGGUGAUAUUUUAAAUCGUAUAGGUCGAUGGAUAAAUACUGUAACGUAAAGUUUUGUUUUCAACCGACCCUCGUGGUCAAUUUGUGGAUAUUAGUCCAUUGGAUAUGUAUUAGUCAUGUUAAUACAUG